UACAAAAAAAGGAGGGACUUUUCAAUAAGAAGUGCCAAUCGCCUCAACUAGCGGGAAGUUUGUUUAGUGUUUGACAGUAAAACGACUUGGUUUUCGACAAUCUGUUGCUGUUCGUGCAUUUAUGAAUACCGCCUUGUUUUUUCAGAUGUGUGAUGAUGCAUUUUCAUCAAAAGUCCAUGGCUAUGCAGCUUGCUUUGACACAAAAGUUGAUCCUAAUUACAUCUGUCCCAUCUGUCUGCUUGUCCUUCGAGAUGCCACACAAACACGUUGUGGUCAUCGGUUCUGUGAGGAGUGCAUCAGUCGGGUCAUAGGAUUUCGAUCUGUUGUACAGUGUCCAGUUGACAGAACAUGGUUGGUAGUUAACAGUGAGAUAUUUGUGGAUGAGGCUGAGAGACGUGAGGUGUUGUCGCUGCUGACUAGGUGUGAAAAUGACGAGAGCGGAUGUUCCUGGAGGGGGGAGCUCCGGGCCCUGCAGGAUCACGAGAGUACUUGUUCUCUGAAAUUGAUUGUCUGCAGUAAUGAGUGUGGAGAAUCAUUUCUACGUAAAGAUGCCACUUUCCAUCAGGAUCUGUGCCCUUUCCGAAAAGUAAAGUGUGACCACUGCAAAGACGUCAUGAAAUUUUCAGAGUUAGAGAUGCAUGAUGAGCAAUGCCCGAAAAAGGUGGUUGCAUGUGAGCUGAGUUGUGGUCUGAAAUGCACCAGACAAUUGUUGGUCGAUCAUACCGCAGUCUGCCCACAGCGUGUUGUCGAGUGUGAACACUGCCAUGUGUCCAUGGUGUUCACAGAUUUGACUAAACACCAAUUACUUUCCUGUUCCAAGAUCCUUGUAACGUGUACUCUUUGCAAGCGGCAAGGUAUUCUUCGAGAAGACAUUCAGAAGCAUGUUUGUCCAGAAACGGGGGAUUGCCCAGAUGUAACCGUCAAAUGCUAUUUUACCAAGAUGGGAUGUACCUUCGAGGAUAAAAGAAGAAUGAUGUACAGCCAUUACACAUCAUUUGUUACUAUGGAACAGCACCUGAAGCUGGCCACCAGCUAUAUCGACACUCUCUCCACUAAAGUGAGCGACAUCAAUCAGGAAAUGGCCAAAAUAAAAGACAAACAAGAAGAUAUUCAGAAACGACUGGGCCAUCUAAAUCUAGUGAAUCCAUGACUGCAGACACGAGAAGAUGCAUUAGUUUUGCUCAGACCCGUAACCAUGAUGUAAUGCACUUGGAUAUCAUUGAACAACCAUACCUUAAUGUUGACCUGUUCACAACAAGACAGAAAGACAGGUUAUCUCCAUUAACUGUGUGCUUAUUCACAUCAAGUAGCCUUAUCUAGUGUUUUGAUUUUUUGUAUUUUUAUGCAUGGUGGACAUGCUGCAAUUUUGUCUUUUGGUUUAAAUUAAUUGUGUACAAUCAUAAUGGUACAAUCCUCCCACCCCAUGCAAUGCAAUUGGGAACAGCCUUAAAUAUAAUUAUGGGUAUGCAUGUAAGAAAUGUCAUAAUUGUUUUUAUUAUAUUAUCACCCAUUUUAACUUUAUUGUGGGUGAGGCACACUGCAAGUGAUUUUGGACAAUUAGAAGAAAAAACCUAUGUAAAACAAAUGGAUAUACUUUGCUGACAUAUUUAUGUAGAUGGUAUAUACUCGUCUUUUCUUAUUACAAAAAACCUCUGUAAAUUAAUAGUAGUUUAUAUCCUGCAUAGUUUAUCUGAAUUCAUAUAAACAUAUAAUGGAACAAACUGAAUAAUGUCCUAUCAUCUGAAUUCAUAUAGACAUAUAAUUGAACAACCUGAAUAAUGUCCUAUCAUUGGGUCAUCAUCAAAAUGUUGCUUCGAAAAUGCAGCUUUAAUUUCUUUGUCCUUUUUUUUUUUUUUUUUUUUAAAUCAAAAGGCAGUUUUGUUGUGUAGAAGAAUUUUGUAUUAUGUUUUUUUGAAACAAUUGCUCAACAGCUAAAACAGUCUUGGCAUUUUGAAAAAAUUAUAUUUAUGCUUGUUUUGACAUUUAUGUUUGUACAUAAAUGAAUGUAUACAUUAUACACAUUUCAACUAUUCUUUUAAUUCUGGGCCCAACUUCACAAAACAUUGUACACCUAGUUUUGCAUGUAACUAAACCACAAUUCUCAUUACUAUAAUAGUACAACAAAUAUAGUUAGAAAUACACAUAUUUCAUUAUCUUUUUUUUCUUAAAAUGCUCCAUUUUUCGUAAUGAUAUAAUUUUCUUCAUGAAAUGGAUGCACUGCUAGUCAUAGACGUAAAUUUACGAUGUUUUCUGAAAUUGUCCCCUGGGCUCUAAUAUUCCAAAAGGUUAUUUGAUGUUUAUUAAUAUUUUGUUUUGAGUUCAGGGUGGAUUUUUUAAACAUUAUUUGUAAUGUGUUAUAUUUGUGUAUAUAUGUAUGUAUUGAUGUAUGAACAUCUAUGUAUGUUUGUAUGUAUAUAUAUAUUGGUUGUGUAUUUUUGUGAGAAACAUUUAUUUAUUUAUUUUGUUUAAUAUUUAGUUUCCAUUCACUUUUGUUCAUUGUACACAAUCAGAACUUGUUAGAAUUUUGUCUCAAAAUGUUCUACAUCACUGGCCUAAUACUAGUAAUAUCUUUAUAGGACACAUCAAAUCCUGACAAGACAGUUGUCUCACUCAGGGGAUAAAGCGAUUCCCAAAUGUUCUAUACAUCUUGUGCAGUUCUUUGUCUCAUGCAGUAAUCUGUGUAUAUGAAUCAUGUACGAAUGUACAUUAAAUACAUUCACUAUGAACGAAUAUACAUUAAAUACAUUCCCUAGAACUUCUCUUCUGAAGAUAAAUAUGACUGCAAUUCCACUGCUACAUGCAUAUGAAAUUAGAAAAUGAAGACAUAAAAUUGUGACGACUGCUGUGGACCGUGAAAUGCAUGCUUAGUGCAAACAGUCGGAGCCAUUACAGUCACUGUAGUUGCUACAAUUACACCAUCCAUAACAUACACCAAUGUGAUUCUGACCAUUACACCAGAAUUCACACUUACGACACAAACAGUAAAUUAGGACCAAAACACAUUCAACUUCUGAAAAUACCUCUUUAAAAUCACAUUACAUAAUCAAGCAAUGACGAUUGUUAGCAAUACACACACAAACACUUGGCAUCCUUGAUCUCAUCGCAAUCUGACCGUUUCACAGGUGUGCUAAAUCUGCAGGCAUGUAUUGCGUUUGAAAAUAAGCCAUCAUUCAAUGUCUUCUAUUUUUAUGGCAAUUUGUAAAAAUUCGGGACAAGCCAUUACCAAUCAUGACUGUUUUUAACCAACGAAUGACACUGAUAGCACCUUGAUGUAGAUCUGUUGAUUAAUUUAAUAAUGCUUUUAAAAACUUUUUUUCUUUUUUUACAUAUGCAUGUAUUGGUGGUUUUUGGUAAUAAUUGCAAUGAAUCAAUGCAUUAAUUAUUUAAAUGCUAUUCAGUCUUCUGAUAUUAUAAUAACUAUUAAGCGACAAAAUUAUUUAAGAGACAAAUAUAGUCAUUGUUAGGAGGUCUGACUGUCGACUAAACAUAUUGCUACUAUAAAACAUGCAUAUUUGUGUGGGUGCAGUGGAGGUGCAGCCUAAUUAAAGUGGCAGACCCUAGUUUCAGCCUGUGUAAAUGAACACUUAAGUUUGGUUAAUCUACAAAUCUGUAACACAUACGAAUAAAGUUACAAUAGAGUGAUGGUAAAACAGGAAAAUACCUUUUUAAAAUAGACUAAAACUUGGCUCUAUGACUGUUACUUCUCGGAGGGAAGUGUAUUUUUCAAACACCGUGAUGACCAGAAACAAUUCAUAUGUAUGGAAAUGGAUAUUCGAAACAAUAAAAUGUAACUUGUAAUGUAAAUUAUUAUAUCUGCUCUAAUAGUGAAACAUGUGUCAUAGUGUUUACAAAAUAGGGUCUGUCACAUUAAUAAAAUUCAUAGUCAAACAAAGAUUGCUGUGUUUCAAGAUGCAUUUAUCUUGCCUUUAACCUUUAACUUUCAGUCACAAUUCAUCCCCAUAAUUAUACAUUUAUUUGUUUAAGUUAUAUACUAAUUAGUUCUUUGCACCCAUUGUGGACACACAUGCCUUAAGAGUGGUGUAUGUCCCAAGAUGAAGGAAGGGGACUCCAGCACAAAUGUUACUAUAAUUUAGCAAAGCAGAUGAAAGGGGGUGUGGGGCACCACUCCAGUCCUGUCCUUUGUGUGGUUGUAAAAGUUUUCAUUUUGGUUGACACUUGGCGGUACGACAAUAUUUGUCCUAAAGAUAUAGUGAUUUUUGUCUUUCACAUUACCACAGUAUUUACAUAUUUUGUAUUUUUGGCAGUAUGCUUUUACUUGCUGGCAAAGUAAAUUUAUACUUUUGUGUAGCUCUAGUCAUACUUUUUUUAUGACACUUGUAUAUGUUUUGAUAUCAAUAUAGAGAAACUUUAUACUCACCACUUUGUACUUUUAUAUAUAAAUAUUAUAAUUUCUGUGUCUUUGAUGAUUUUUGUAAAAAAAAAAAAAAAAAAAUUACAAUGUGCAUGCCUUUAAAAUACUUUGAAUUUUGUUAAUAAAGUUUUAUGGC